CUAUUUUCACGUCAAGAUGGCAGAACGCGAAGUUUGUGUGCGUCAAAAUUUCACCUGCGCGCUACGAGGUCGUCGGGGGUAUGAGUGACGCAAAGUCUCCAAGUUUUGUGAGAAACCGCUUCACGACGUUGCCAAGAUAACAAUGGCGAACAAGUCUGCAGAAUAUUGGACUGUUCAAGACGUCGGUGAGUGGCUUGAAACCGUACGUCUUCCUAAAUACGUCCCUGUGUUCCGAGAUCACCUUAUUGAUGGGCGUGCUCUACUGACAUUAUCGGAAUCUGACUUGAAAAAGCCUCCCCUCGAAAUCGGAAUUUUGGGCGACAUCAAGAACCUCAUGAUCUGUGUUCGAGAAUUACAAUACCAGAAUAUCAACUCAGUCAAAGCUCUGAUGGGCCCAGCCGAAUUGCUCAGUUCUUUGGACUCUCAAAGCUUCACGCGUCGGAAUUCAACACGGAAGCGCCGCAAGCGUAGCAGCAACAGCGUCGGCGGGUCAUCGGAUGGCACUGCUCCUUCACCGGAUGUCUCAUUCGACUAUGACGAUGAUGUCGAAGGCGACGACUUCGUUCUGGCAAAGUCCCGUCAUCUCAAGCCCGAGAUCUGGAAGACCGCCGUCGGAAUGCUUUAUUUCUUCGCUGUCACCUGGAUCACUGCUAUCGUGAUGGUUGUCGUUCAUGACAGAGUCCCGGACAUGCAAACUUAUCCCCCGUUACCCGAUAUCUUCCUCGACAAUGUACCGCAUAUACCGUGGGCUUUUGCCAUGUGUGAGCUGACUGGCGUGGUACUGUUCGCUUUCUGGCUAUGCAUACUCAUCUGGCACAAGCAUCGUUUCAUUUUGCUACGACGCAUGUUUUCCCUCUUUGGAUCUGUGUUUCUCCUGCGUUGCAUCACCAUGUUAAUAACCUCGUUAUCUGUGCCAGGGAAACACCUCGAGUGCAAAGCUAGAAACUUGGAUGGCAUGUCUCAAAAACUGCACCAAGCCUUCCUCAUCUGGCAAGGUGGGGGAAUGCUCAUACAAGGUGUGCGCACGUGCGGCGACUACAUGUUCAGCGGGCACACGACCGUCUUGACACUGCUGAACUUUUUCAUCACAGAGUACACGCCGCGUUCUUACUACUUUUUGCACACCAUCUCGUGGGUGCUGAACCUGUUUGGCAUUUUCUUCAUCUUGGCGGCGCACGAACACUACUCGAUUGAUGUGUUCAUCGCGUUUUAUAUAUCAACGAGGCUGUUCCUCUACUACCACACGUUGGCGAACAACCGAGCGCUGAUGCAGAUGGACAGCAAGCGUACGAGGAUCUGGUUCCCACUUUUCUACUUUUUCGAGUCGAGUGUUGAUGGGAUUGUGCCUAACGAGUAUGACACUCUGUCGGACUUGGUCAGGUGGGUCAAGAAUAAGAUGGGCAGAAUUAGAUUGAGGUUCAAGAAACUUGCUUAGCAUGUGGACAUUGGCCAAUCCUCUUGUUGCUUUAGGUUUCAUAAUUGCAGACAAAAGAAGAGGUGAAUUAUAAAUUCGAGUGUUUCCCUGUCCUUCUGACAAAGCAGAAAAGAGAUGCUCGAGUGUCAAAAUUAGGUACAAAGGUGACACUUGCACAAAGCGUGCUGAAGACACGUAAAAUCAAUUUGUUGUCAAUGUUGUACGGAUAAAUGUUCGUGAACCGGAAAAGUCUUGUUAGGUAUGACAUUGAAUGUGAUGAUAUUUGCAGAGUGAUAUCCCACGUUUAUUAUUAUCUUAUUCAAAGGUUCCAAGGUGUUAUUUAUACCAUUCCUGUACCAUUCCAAAGGUACCACCUGCACAGUACAGAACCUCUGAGAUUGGACACCUGUUGCAUUUGAUUACAGUGCUCUGCACCCCUUUUGAGUACUGUUGCAGAUAUUGCCAAAUAUUUUGUAAGCCUUUUUGACAACGACCCGAUGAAUCGCAGGAAAGCGACAAUAUUCAAGUGCUGUGGUGUGUACUUAUUUUUAGUUCCUCACAUGGGCCAUCGAGGCAUGACUGGGGUCAGUCAUUGAUCUGCGUGACAUAUGAUUCGUUUUCAGAACUUUUCCCAAACACUGCAAAAUAUCAAGGUCACAUUGGUGGUGCCCCUUUGGCCCUGCGUUCACAUUAUUUAUUUGAUAGGCAUUACUAUUGAUUGUAAGAAGUACAUUCUCAGAGCAUAACAGCGACCCAUUACGUUAGGCAUUGCAGUGUGGUAUAAUAUUUACAGUUACGGUAUUGGUUGACUGUGUUGUUUGCUCGUAAGACCCAGUAGAGUUUUCAGUAUUAAAGCUCGCAUCUGUAGAACGUGUAGCCAUAACUUCUAUUUAUUUUUUAACACCCACAGGUGUGUGUGUGGAAUAAACUCUGUUUGUAUUUUU